AUGCAAGCUACUUUGAACUUACUCCUAUUGAAGGAACUAAAACUAGGUGACACCGGUACUGAAGGCAAUAAUGUUGGAACAGAAUGUGUAAUGGAUUAUAGUGAUCAAUUCACAACUUAUUUGAUAUUCAAAGGUAGAGAUGCAUUAAUUAGAUGGGCUCGUGCACAAGGAAAAAUGAAUAAUAUUGUAAUUGUAAUUACAAGGUCUGAUGCUAGAGGUGAGGGCAAUAGGAGACCUCGAGGAAUACUUGCUUGUGAGAGGCGUGGUAAAUAUAGGUCUUGCAAGUCUAGUGACACAACUAGUCUAAGGUCAAAUGCAAAUGGUGAUAGAAAAAAGUGUUCUAAGGACAAUGGUACAAAGAAAUGUGGAUGUUCAUUCUUGUUAAAAUGUGUUAAUAUUGGUGAUGAGGAUGAUUGGAAGUUGAAGGUGGUUUGCGGAGUACAUAACCGUGCUUUUUUAGAGUAUCUUGAAGAGUUGGAGAAGAAGAAUGCUACCCUAGCUGAUCUACUCUCAUCUGAGCAGGCGCGCCAUGAGAUAGAGACUUUGGACCUGAAAAAGGAGAUAUCUUUGCUAAAGAGUUCACUUGCCUUGAAGGAUGGCGAGCUUGACUCCACCAUUGCUGCUUUUAAUCAACAAAAGAAAAACUAUCUUCUGCUUGAACGCGAGUUUGAUGAUUUGUCUCAAAGUCAUGAUAAGCUAUUGAGCAUGUUCGAUGCGUUCCGGAAGGACACUCAAAAAUCCGAGGUCAAUGCUUACAAGUUGGGCUACCUCGAUUGCCAGAGAGGUGUUGCUUCUAUUGUCCCAUUAGUGAUGAUGAGGCCGAACUGUUCCGCCUAG